UGUCUCACGUCGCCGUUGACAUCAGAAGCGCAGCUUUUUCACUGUGGUGUGAAGACGAGCGAAAAACAGGCUAAGUGUCCGUGCGCAGAGAGAAAAACUUGUUUUUAUUCUCUCCGUAAACGCACUCCUGGAUUAUGUACCUGGGAGAAGAGUCUCCAGCCUGAACACGGCCUGAGUUUUGUCGUUUUUUGCGCUUCAGCACAGUUUCCGGGAUAUCAGCCUGACUUGUGGGAAGCUCUGCUCUGCAUCUGUGGGAUUUCUCUCUGACGGUCGUACAUCUUUGACAACUUCAGCAAACUCACUCAUUUAUCAACAUAAAACCCUCCGCAACAACUGGCGUUUGCAAAAACAUGGACACACAAAGAUAAGAAGGGUGAAGUCCUCGUGAGUGGAGAGAAGUUGAGCUCUGCGCUCGAUAUCAACAGGGCCACUUCCUGAUGAUGACAGUAAGCAUGGAUGACGGUCUCCAAAAUGGACCCGGACAGCACAGGAACUUACAAGAUGAUGAAGAGGCACUAAAUUCCAUCAUGAAGGACCUGGCGGCUCUGGGUCGUUGCUACACUCAGCACUACAGCCACAAGCCCAAGAACAGACCUUUACUCUACAAACAGGAUUUAAGAGUCAAGCUGGAGCAUGAGAGAGAAAAACGAAUUCUCCCGUUCCAGAGGCCGCUGAAGAUCAAGGAGCUGCUACAGAAAGUGACAGAGGCCUUUGGCCAGCAGAUGGACAUGUUCUACAUGGAAAAAGAGUUGCUGCUUCCCCUGAAGACUCAGGAGGAUCUGGAUCAGGCCGUGCUGACUCUGAGCUGCAGCUCAGGAGCCAAUGGACUGCUCAGGAUACUGCUCAAGACCCCCAAAAACAACCAUGUGAGUCCCCAGCAACAGUACCUACAGGUAAACAGUAGGGACAAACAGACCGAGAUGAGGUCAUCCCGCUCACUGGGAGAUCUGAAAGGUUCACUUCUCAAAGGCUCUGAGAGGGUGCGCAAGCACUCAACAGGUUCCCUCCACACUGGUCGGACAUCGCCGCCUCCAGGCAGCGUCCCCGAGGAGCAGCAGCAAAUUGCCCGUCAGGGCUCCUACACCAGCAUCCACAGUGAAGGGGAGUUCAUCCCCGAGACCCAGGACCCGAAUAUGCUGGAUCCCUUCGGGAGUGCGGACAAUUCGCUGUCAAGCAGCUGUCAAUCAAUAGAUCAAGCACUGGACAGUCCUCCUUUCUCACAAAACAGCCGUGACAAUAAUUACCUGAACCUCAAUUAUGAAUACAAAGGUCGACACGGGAAAGGCGGGACUUUCCCUCGCCAGUUCCAGUUGCCGAAUCGCAGCAAGGAUUAUGGAGACCGUCGUAGGACACUUCCCAGGAGCUUCAUGCCUCAGGAGAACCUGUUCCAGCUGGUUCCCUCCAGUCGUACACGCAGUUAUACUGGAGACACUACGUUACAGUACAGUGAUAUACGUGCACUGGGCCGUGCUACUGACAAAAGCUGCCCACGUGGAACAGCUAAAUCUCCACGGGCGCCAGUAAAUUGGCGACAAGGAAAGCUCCUGGGGCGCGGUGCUUUCGGGGAAGUCUACCAGUGCUAUGAUGCCGACACGGGCCGAGAGUUGGCCGCCAAGCAGGUGCCCUUUGAUCCUGAUUGCCAAGAAACUAGUAAGGAGGUGAACGCUCUGGAGUGUGAGAUUCAGCUGCUGAAGAAUCUGCGUCAUGACCGAAUUGUUCAGUACUAUGGCUGUCUGCGGGAUCUUGACCAGAGGAAACUCACCAUUUUUGUUGAGUUCAUGCCGGGGGGCUCAAUAAAGGACCAGCUGAAAGCCUAUGGGGCCCUGACGGAGAAGGUGACGAAGAGAUACACCAGACAGAUCCUCCAAGGAGUCUCCUACCUGCACAGCAACAUGAUUGUACACAGAGACAUCAAAGGUGCUAACAUCCUGAGAGACUCCUCGGGGAAUGUGAAGCUGGGAGAUUUUGGAGCCAGCAAACGCAUCCAGACCAUAUGCAUGUCUGGUACAGGGAUCAAGUCUGUCACUGGCACCCCCUACUGGAUGAGCCCAGAAGUCAUCAAUGGAGAGGGUUAUGGCCGGAAAGCUGAUGUUUGGAGUGUCGCCUGCACCGUGGUGGAAAUGUUGACCCAGAAACCACCCUGGGCAGAGUAUGAGGCCAUGGCAGCGAUUUUUAAGAUUGCUACCCAGCCUACCAAGCCCACGCUUCCUGACGACGUGUCCGACGCAUGCCGAGAGUUUCUGCGGCAGGUCUUCGUGGAGGAGAAGUGGCGGCCCACUGCAGAUGUGCUUCUCAGCCACCCGUUUGUCCAGGGCAGCUUCUGAGGCCUCCAAACCCGCCUCCCUUCCCCUGCCUGUGAGGCCUUGCAUGGCCCCAGCGCCUACCCCUCCUCUCCGGCCCACCCUGUUCCCAUGGGCCCCCGUCACAGGAUCGCAGGACCCGGCGCCAACUUCCUGCCCUGCCAUCUAUCACCAGCGUUUGCCUUGUCAGGACCGAAGCCCCUGCAUUUCUUGCCAACUAGCUCGACCCGGAUUAUUCGCUGAGAGGCCGGGUUGGCUGCUAUCACAUCGUGUUACCCAUAGAGGGGGCUGACAGAAACACAGUUCAACAAGCUGCGAUCCAGAUUAGCGAGCAGAGCGAUGGCUCAUUGUACACUCACCGACUGCCGCACAGUAGUGUCUCGGAUCGGACCGACACUGUAUGAUUAUCACCGAGCGGUGACCACAUCCGACAGUACUGUAAGUUAGUCAUAAGCCUAAGGUUGGUGUGAGUGCAAAUGAGAUGGUAUAAUAUUUUUAUGAGACAGACAAUAACAUGAUUAUUGUCACCUAAAAAUGUAUUUUGGUCGACGCCUUAGAAGAAAAAUUAGUAAGAAUUCUUUUUUUACUGCCAUGACUUCCACAGAACUCGCAACCACAUCUGGAACAAGCACAUUGUAAAUUGCACUUUUGAUAUCAUGCAUUGAAAUUGUUCCAACAUACAGGAUGACUGUUGAGAUUUUUUAUAUUUUAUGCUUUUUUUAUAUACAUAUAUAUAUAUAAAAUUUCACAAGGAUAAUUGUGAAGUUGUUUUUUCAUAAAUGGAGAAAAAGAACAUAACUUUUUCAUUUAUGUGCAAUGUUAGUGUCUACGAAGCAAUACCAACACUACCGCUGGAGCGAGUAUGUGAUAUCUAUUCCGGUUUCUCAUGCAGUGAGCCUUGUUCCAUUCACACGUGGCCAAAGAGAUGUUAAAGCUACAGCGUGUAAGAUUUAGUGAUGUUUAAUCACAGAAAUGGAUUAUAGCAUCCAUAACCAUCAGUUCAUUAGCGUGUAAUUUACCUGCUGCAUUGAUUCGAUGUGUUUACAUAAGCUUGGAAUGAUCCCUUCAUAUCUACCUGGGAGCGGGCCCCCUUGUGGAGGAUGCCAUGUUGAUACAGUAGCCCAAAAGGGACAUACUUGCUCAGCUUUUCACAUUUUGCACUGUGGCCAGACAACUGAAGGAACAAAAAGAAUCAGUGGUUGCUCCACUCGACAAGCUUGAGAACCCUAAUUUUUGUGAAAUUGAGAAUCAUAUAUGUUAAAAGAAAAAUCCUCAUCAGCAAAUAAGCAAAAAUGUGAAGGGAAACAAAAUCAUGACCAGCAACCACUCGAUGACAGUAAAUCUUAGACACUGUAGCUUUACAAAUUGAAAUGAAAAAAGAUGCAGACGAAACCUUUUCAAUGUUUGUUUGUUUUGUUUUGUGUUUAAUAAAAUAAUGUGCAGUAUUACAUCGGACAGUGACAGUAGAUAGUUUUUUAUUUGUUUGUUUUUAGUCACCUCAGAGCCCUAUAGCCUUUUGCAUUUUAUGGCAGCUUGGUGCAAAGACCAAAUCAGAUGCAUCGACGUCACAUGAACUAGCAUGAAGGAACCGUCUCAUUUGCAAAUUUGUUCUUGUUGUACCUUCUAUAUCAAUGAAAUCACCUCAUUGCCUUUUGCUUCGUGAGUGGCUCACCCAAUGAUCACUUGACGGCUCACCAGUGAAGUGUUAUUUGAGAUAAAGCGUGACAACAUGAGGGUCAAGUCGGAGCCAAAUGCUGUAUUCUUUUAAGUGGUGAUGAAGAGAAACGUAGAUGAUCCCUGUUGGAGAAACAAGGAGAUUGGAGGUGUAGUGAGUAGCUGUAGUAAUGUGGCACUUAAAAAAGGAACAAUCCGGUCUUUUCCACCCAUAUCAGUGCCUUAUCUGAUUCUGCUUGUAUACACAAAUGUUCACUACAAAAGCGGAACGCUUUUUAAUAAAGUGAGCAGCUGUUCAGUCGAAAGCACACAGGAUUUGCUGAAACUCUUUUAUAGCAAAGAUUAUACUGUAAAUAUAAAUUGUUCUGCACUUUUUAUGAAUUUCCUUUACAUUAUAUACAAAUUUAUUUGAUAAAACAGCUACGUUAUACAGUAGAUGUACUGUGACUGAGAGGUCAGCAAAUGUCUGAGAGCUGCGAGGCUUUUGAUUGGGUCGGUUUCUUUUGUCUUAAUUACAAAGCCUUGACACAUGAAAUGUAUCAAGUCAAUGAUCUUUUGUACAUUUAACUUAAUAAAAGAAAAGUCUAAGAUUUUUUUAUGCUCUGA